GCAACCUUACUAUUGGGGAUCAAAAGAAGGGCUCAACCGUUGAAAAGACUUGGUCAUGAUUUGUACGAAUAUCAGACAACUGGAAGAAUCCAGUUUGACAUCAACCAUUAUAAGCUGGAUAAUUUUUACGACUCCAUGUUGAUCGAUCAAAAGCUUAUCAACAUUGAUGACACAUUGAACGACCAGGUAAUGCUAAGCAAAUGUUGAUCUCUACAAUGGACAAGAGAUGGCAUAGGACCGUUCGUUGAGGUUUUCAGUCUUCUCUAUACUAUUGAUGAAUAGAAACAUCGCUAUUCUUUGCACACCCUACGGUCUCAGAUGGAUUUGCUUUAUUUAAAAUUACAACAUAGUGCUCGUGCCGAUCUCUUACGGGGAUGUAAUAGUAUCAAGCCGCUUCAACAGCAACAAGAGCAAGAAGAAAUAUGCUUUGAGGAAUUGAGAGCAAAACUGUAUCAGUAUCGAUUUGAUUACUCCAAGCUGAACAUUGACCAACAAUACAUUACCACGGGUAGCCCUACAUCUGCCGUAACAGCCACUUCUAAACCACGCAUGGUAAAGCGAGCAUCCAAACCGUCGAUUCUCGUAUGUAGAGCCAAUAAGAAAAACAUCCUGCUUACGAACAAAAGUAAGGAGCGGAAAUCAUUAGGCCGACAUCCAACGAUUGCCAAACAUACUUUGGGCUCAACCGCUCUCCAACAUCCUCACCGAAAGAGCAUGGGCAUCACCGAUAGUAGACACAAGAGAUUAACAGCUGCUUUUCAAAAAAUAAACAAGCUUGACACUUUUGAGAAGCAUUCAAGUAACGGCAUGACGCUUAAAAACGCAAUGUUAAUGGUGGAGGAGAAGGAGGAGGAGGAGAAAGAGGGACAAGAUGGAACGCUUCUAUCGACACAGCCAGAAAAAGUAAAAGAAUUAGGCUCGUAUCAAGUCUCACACCGCCAACAAGCGAAAGAAUCUGAGGCACAAGUAGUAAGCGACGUACAACGACCCUCAACCUCUUUCAAGCUCAUCAACGAUGAGCUUAUAGGGAGGAAAGGACAACGGCAAGAUAUACAAAAGCCCUUCAGUGAGCAUCCGCUUGAUCUGGAUGGGAAGAAAUCCGUACGACGAGAAACACCGACCAUGGUUCCACUGCCUCAUUCACCUCAGUUUGUACGCGAAAGAAUGGAAAGAUACAACCUUUACCGUCAUAAAGCUUUUCAUGAUUACCGAGACGAAAAUAAUAAAAGCUUGACAACAGAUCGGUUGAAACAGUGGUUUCCACCACCGUCCACAUCUGCAGGCAUGAAAGCUCUUUCCUCCUCAACAUUAGCGCAGCAUCAACACUUGAGAUUGAUUGACUUGGGGGAGAGGCAGUUCCAUGUCAUUCGAAAGAUAGGCGAAGGAGGUAUGGCCAAUGUGUAUCUUGUACAAAAUACAAAAGACCUCACGAUCCACAGCUUAAAGAUACAGCAGCCGCCUCAUGCUUGGGAGUUUUACAUUGUAUAUCAAUUAUAUCAUAGAAAGAAACAUAGAGAAAGGAUUCAAGCCAACAAGAGUCGUGGUAGUGGUAGUAGCACCCACAGUGCCACCACUGGAGCUUAUGAUGGUGGUGGUGCUCAUAGUAGACUGAAUCUGCUACUUAUAAAUGAGUUUUUCUAUUACAAAAAUGCUAGCUUUCUAUUGAUGGAGUACAUUCCUUACGGAACACUGUUAGAUGCGCUCAAUUUAUAUAGACCGAGUCAAAUCUUUAUGCCGGAACCCAUUGUUCUGCUGUUUAUGUCACAACUACUGAGCCAACUCGUACAUUUGCAUCAACUGCAUAUUGUACAUAAUGACCUCAAAUUGGAUAAUGUACUGUUACUCUCCACCUAUAAAAAUAGGCAUGACAAAAACAGGGGCAACAAACAGACACGUUUGCCAACAUUGUAUCUCAUCGAUUAUGGCCAAUCGAUAGAUGUUUUGGCUUUACUGAACAAGUCUCAGAUGAUGACGAACAGCGGUCACAAACACAAUCUUCUUGUGAAAGCCAACUGGCCGCCGACAUGUCCAAAAGCAGAUUUUCCAUACCUGAACGAAGGAUAUUACCCUUUCCAUGCUGAUUAUUGGCAGUUGGCGGCAAUGGCGCAUUGGUUAUUGUUUGGUAGUCCGAUGAGGACCUACAAAAAGAAAACAGACUGUAGCUUGAAUGCAUUUGUACUUUAUCAAUCUAUCAAACGGUACUGGCAUAAACAUUUGUGGGCUCGUUUCUUUCAUUUACUGUUGAACCCGUCCAUGGCAGAGACACAGGAUGCGAGUACUGUUUUGCUACAACAGUUAGCGGACGAAUUUUGGACAGCUGGAAAAGACGUGGAUCUCAGUUUGAUAAGCGCUUUUAACGACCUGCUUCUCUAUAGACAGCGCUAAAAGAAAAGGUGAUAGAAGAUGCAUUCGUAGAGAGUAAGAUAGACCUAUGCGUAAUUGAGUUCCUUUUAUCAGUAAAAACACUGCUGCUCUCUUUCUCAUUGGC